UCAUCAUCAUCAUCAUCAUCAUCAUCAUCCAACCCACAAAGACACCAAUGACAAACCAAGGCUGCCAAACGCUCUAUCUCUGCAACCUCGACCCACGCGUUGACGAAUCGAUGCUGCAAGCUGUUCUGUCCACAAUAUCACCCGUCGACUACGUCCAAAUGGAGCAGAACUCGGGCUGUUAUAGCCUCGCCGACGGUGAUACAUGUCGUCAUGCUUAUAUUCAUUUCCACGAUCACCACGGCGCCGCUCAGGCUUAUUUGGCUAUGGAUGGUCGGUCACUCUUUGGAAGAAAUGUCGUCGCCAAGUGGAAAGAACCCCAAAGCCAAGCUCACUUUUCUAUUUAUAUCCGACCGGCAAAGAUCACCGACGCCGCGACCUUGCUUGAACCAUUCAAGGAGAACCUAUCAAAUGUACGCCCACUCUGGCACGAGACCACAGGCAAAGCAACCGAUGCUUCUGUUGCCAGUUUUACAGACAGAGCAGCAGCGGAGUCAGCGGUGAACGCACUCCAAGGCAAACAAUUACGAGGAGCCAUACUCGACUGCCACAUGGAAACCUUGCCAAGCUUUGUACACCACGAGUUACACAGCAAAGCCGAUGAGGAUUCUUCGUCGAACGAUGGGGAUGAGGAUACCUGCUAUGAACACAUCUUUACCAACGCACCUUUACACGUGACAACCGUUAAAGUGAGCAAGCUUCCUCAUGGUGUGACCAAACAAUCAAUCGUAUCCAAUUUCCAACAGUAUGGCUAUGUAUCGCACGUUCAUCUGCAGACCGCCGACACAUAUCGAAAAGGCCAUGCUUUGGUUAGCAUGGACACACACGCAAAUGCUGCCAUGGCCCUCUUCUCCUUGCAAAAACUCAAACUGGAGGGUCGAUCUGUCUCCGUCAAAUGGCACCGCUCCUCAUCCUCUUCCUCCACCUUGCCAUCGUCAUCCGUCACUACUUCCCAACAACAACGCGCGCACGACUACCUAUCGCCUGUAGAGGAAGCCAACAAGAGAUACACACUGUCACCCUUCUUCGACCACCACCAUCCCCACCAUCACCUGCAACAAAAGAACACGUUUUUCCCUACCGGCUCCCCACAAAAGGUGCAGCUAGAGAUGCCAGGACUGAACUCUUACAACGUGCAGCCCAUGUGGUCCGCUUCCGGUAUGCCCGCCCAAGAAAGUGAUGUCCAUCAUGGAAGCAACAAUCACACGUACCAAUAUUAUCACGGAAACGCUUUCAAUUUGUAAAACCUCCCUUUUCUGGAUUCUUUUCCUAGAUUUCCGUCAAUACCCCACAAAUUCACAACUCCCACCUCACCCCCCCACACCAUUCAGCAUAUUUUCCAUGAUACCUUUUUUAGGCAUACUGUACGUUUGCCAGACCGUUUCUUCCUUGUAUCACAUUUCUCUUUUUCCUUUUUUUUACUUUCUUGUAUAUACGGCAUAUCGGUUUUUCUCCUUUUCAAAUCGACCUUUCUUUCUUUCUUUCUUUCACCCCCCCCACCUCUCAUCAAUAAACAAAUAAAUCUAUGCAUCAGUUUUUCCAAUAUCAUAAUUUAUAUAUGCCGUCAUACUGUAAUAUGCAUCGAUGCGUCCAUAUCCGAUAGAUCAUUACCAUCAUCAGAUAUCGGCACUAUGCCGUCAUUUAGAUUUUGUCCCCUUCCAUUUCAUUAUCUAAAAAUGUGAACUGUCCUAUAC